UCCAAAAUAAACGAGCGCUAUCAGCAUCAGCGAAACCGAAAUUUCUGCUAUCUGCUUCCUCUGAGAGCGAAAAAGUUGUUUCAGACAGUUUGAAUGUUUGUAUGGCGACACACUAAGCCGUAGAAUGUCUUCGAAACCUUCUAGACCUGCCCCUCCACCUCCGAAACCAGGAAAUGUCAAGGUUUUCCGUGCUCAAUACAAAUACAAGGCACAACAGCCAGACGAACUUUCCUUCGAGGAGGGUGAUCUUCUCUACGUAUUUGACAUGAUCUCUGAUCCAAACUGGUGGAAAGCUCGCUGUGGACGGCAGACUGGCUUAAUACCAAGCAACUAUGUAGAAGAAAAUGCUGAGGAACUCUUACACCCACUACACGAAUCUGCCAAACGAGGCAAUGUUCAAUUUCUCGAAGAGUGCCUCGCAAAUAAGGUAUCGGUGAAUAGCCUCGACAAGGCUGGAUGCACUGCACUGCACUGGGCUGCACAUGGAGGGCACGUUGAAUGCGCCCAGAUUUUACUCUCGGUACCUGGUGUUCAGGUUAAUGUGCAGAAUAAGCUAGGGGACACACCAAUGCAUUCCAGUGCCUGGAAGGGACACAGUGCAAUAGUACAAAUGCUUUUGGCGUCUGGGGCUGACAAGGACAUCACAAACAAAGACGGAAAGACACCUGUGGACCUUGCAAGUGACCCAGAAUCUAUUUCACUGCUACAGACGUCGAAUAGAACAUCUGUAUCUGCAGACGCUGAAGAUUACUUACAGUCGGACGAUGACUCCAGCUAGUCUACCAUGACAUACCCAGCACAAACUAUGAAUUGUAUAAAACUAUUUUUAUAUUUUUAUGACAUUUUAUCCAAAUAAAGAUAUGGCUGUGCACAAAAG